AUGGCGAUCCGCAACACAACUUAUGCCAGGGAAGUUCGGGCUGGCAAGGGGUUUGGACAGGACCGGCAAUGGAACUGGAGGAACUUCUUGAUCUGUUUCGCCAUCGCUGGCUUUGGCCAGCUGGCGUUUGGAUACCCUGCCUCGAUCAUUGGCGUCACUCUUGCCCAGCCGUCGUUCCUGACCUAUAUGAAGCUCAUCGACGCAGAGACCGGAGAGUUGGCUCACGACGCCAACUCCCUGAUCGGUGCCAUGUCUGGCGUCUUCCAGGCCGGAGCCUUCCUGGGCAUCAUCAUCGGAAGUUUCAUCAUGGACAAAUGGGGACGUAAGGCAGGAACGGUUUUUUGCGCGAUCAUGAGUCUCAUCGGCGGCGCCGGUCUGACUGGAUCUGUCAACACGACCAUGUUCAUUAUAUUCCGCUUGAUCGCCGGGGCUGGAUCAUGGGGAUUCCUCGCGCUGACACCUGUCUAUACGGCCGAACUGGCACCACCUAAGCUACGAGGGUUCUUUGUCGGCAUGAACGGUAUGGGCAUUACCAUAGGCUAUUCGCUUGCCUCAUACAUGGGCCUGGCUUUCUACUACGUUCAGAAUGACCCAGACGCGCAAUGGCGAGGACCUCUUGGUCUGGCGCUCAUUUUCCCGGCUCUCCAGCUGCUUGUCAUUCUAUGGGCACCAGAGUCUCCACGAUAUCUGUUGAUGAAAGGCCGAGUCGAAGAGGCCCGCAAGAUCGUCAUGGAUCUGCACCAAGUGCCCGGCGACCCAGACCAGGAAUAUGCUCGCGGCGAGUUCUACCAGAUGCAGAAACAGGCAGAGUUCGAUCGAACCCUCACCCCUACGUACCGUGCCAUGUUCUUCAAAAAGUCAUACCGGAAGCGCACGAUCUUGGCUUGUGGCUUUGCUUUCAUCGGACAGUCUACCGCUGUCCUGGUUAUCAACAACUAUGGUCCUACCCUGUACGCUGCUCUUGGAUACGACACUCUGGAUCAAUUGAAGCUCCAGUGCGGAUGGAUCACGAUGGGCACACCUGCCAAUCUUCUCGGUGCGGUAAUCAUGGACCGGGUGGGCCGCCGUGUUCUCAUGCUAACGGGCGUGUUCGGUUGUUGUGCUUGUCUGAUCAUAGAGGCGGCUAUCAUUGCCACGUUCGCUAGCCCGAUUCCCGCAACGCCCAAUCUUCCCGCGCUGCGGGCAGGUGUCGCUAUGUUCUACAUAUUCCUCUUGUUCUACGGAUGCGGCAUUGAUGUUGCGGGCGUUGUCUUCUACAGCGAAAUCUUCCCGAACCAUCUCCGGGCCAAGGGUGUGGCAAUGUCUAUUGCUGCCGUUGCCCUGACCGAUCUCGUCUACCUCCAAGUGACGGCGACGGCAUUCGCGAACAUUGGCUGGAAGUUCUUCCUCGUCUUCAUCAUCAUCUCAGGCCUCGGUGGCAUCGCCGCCUUCCUCCUGCUCCCCGAGACCAAGGGAGUGCCUCUGGAGGAAAUAGCAGCUGUCUUUGGUGAUACUGAGGAGGUGAUGGUCUACUCAGAGGAUAUCCAUAUCGAUCAUCGCACGCACGACCUGGUUGUGGAUGUACACACUGGCAACACGGUUGAGGGAGGUGGCGAAGAAACACUCCACAAGGUAGCGACAGAAGCAGGGGUGCCAGCCGGUACUACUAAACACGAGGCAGCGCAUGUUGAGGGCUCUGAAGUGGUGACCCCGGUCGCUGAAAAGGAAGCCUAG